AUGUCGGUGUGCCCUGUCACUCCUCGUGCAGUGCGCCCUUGGGUUCUUUCUUUAACUUGGCCUCACUUCCUCCAUCUUCAUCUUGGCGCUGGGAUGAGGGACCUUUGUGAUUCGACUCGACAUUUGGGGAAAAGAGAAAACCGAAAUUGGAGGAGGCCAUUAUCAACGCUCAUGACGCUCCCUUCAAUCAAGGGCCUCGAAAGCAUCUCACGACGGGCGGGGUUUGAAAACGGAAAACGAUUCAACGUGCCGGAAAACUCAUCUUCAACUCACGGCAGAAAGACACCGAUAAGCGAGCGAGCACGCCCGGAUCGAAAAGGUCCAGCAGCCAAGGUACGAGGUGGAUCUCAUUAUUCUUUCUUUUCUGCGCGAGUGUGCUAUGCGCCGCCUAUUUGGCCUUGA